GGGUUCCUAUAGACCCACCGACUCCGCCGCUCCCUCCGUUACUAGGCCGCAACACCGGAAACAGGAAGUAACGCGGAGCCGGAUGCGGAAGUUGCUUCGGCUCCUCCUACUUCCGCCAAUACCGGAAGUGGGAGGGAUCCAAGAUGGCGGCCGCCGAGGAACUACCGGAGUUGGUUGUGUUACGGAUCCUGAAGCUUCUGCCGUUCCGAGAUCGGCUGCGAGCGGCCAGGUUGGGAUCCGGCCGCCAUCUUUGGGGCUUUGCGGAUCUUCUUCCGGCUUUACCCCCGUUCCUCUCCUCCCUCACCACCCGCUGCCCCCACCUCCACCACCUCUCCCUGACCGAAGCCGACCUCCAUCCCAUCCCAUACCCCACCCUCCCCCCAUCCCUCACCUCUUUGGAGCUGCGUUGCUGUGAGAUCCCUUCCAUAUGGUUCAAUGGACCGGCCGCCCCUCGCCUCCAUCGCCUCAAGCUCUAUAACAUCCCGGCCUUCACCGACUCCCACCUCCUCAACGUCUCCUCCCAUCGCAACCUGAAGACGUUGAGCCUUUCAGGGACGUAUCGUGUGACAGACAAGGGCAUAGAAAGAGCAGCUCCAUACCUGGAAAGCCUGGAACACCUGGAGCUCCAUCACUGCACCCUGAGCGACUCAGCCCUUCAUUCCAUUGCCCGUCAUAUGAACCAACUCCGGAUCCUUCGCGUCACCUCCAUUCCCAACCUGACUGAUUCAGGCCUGGCUUCUUUAGCCACCUUAGAACGUAUAGAGAAGCUCCAUUUGGAUCUAUACAAUGAGUUCAGCCUAUGUGCUGUUGUUACUCUAUGCCAAGGACUGCCCAGGCUGAGCAGCCUCACGUUGGAUGGGGUUCAACCUGAGGAUGAAGCAUUGGGUGGAAUUAAGGCAGGUCUGAGUUACUGCAGCUUCACAGCCCCACCUUGAGACCAGGCCUUAAUCCAGGUUAGAGCUGCAGCUUGAAGGGCCUGAAUCCAGGUUAGACUCCAUUCAUCUCCUAUUGAGGUGACUCCAUUCAUCCCUUGUUGAGGUGCAGCUUUAGGGCUCCAUUCAGCUCUAGGGCUCCAUUCAUCCCUUCUUGAGGUGGCUCCAUUCAUCCCCUAUUGAGCUGCAGCUUUAGGGCUCCAUUCAUCCCUUAUUGAGGUGCUGUUCUAUGGGGUGAAGGCUGUUUCCCCCCUCUUAUUUUGGCUUCACAGCCCCCCCUUGAGACCAGGCCUUAAUCCAGGUUAGAGCUGCAGCUUGAAGGGACUUAAUCCAGGUUAGACUCCAUUCAUCCCUUAUUGAGGUGCAGCUUUAGGGCUCCAUUCAGCUCUAGGGCUCCAUUCAUCCCCUUAUUGAGGUGGUUCCAUUCAUCCCCUAUUGAGGUGGCUCCAUUCAUCCCUUCUUGAGCUGCAGCUCUAGGGCUCCAUUCAUCCCUUAUUGAGGUGGUUCCAUUCAUCCCUUAUUGAGGUGCAGCUUUAGGGCUCCAUUCAUUCCUUAUUGAGCUGCAGCUUUAGGGCUCCAUUCAGCUCUAGGGCUCCAUUCAUCCCCUAUUGAGGUGCAGCUUUAGGGCUCCAUUCAGCUUUAGGGCUCCAUUCAGCUUUAGGGCUCCAUUCAUCCCCUAUUGAAGUGACUCCAUUCAUCCCUUAUUGGGGUGCAACUUAGGGCUCCAUUCAGCUCUAGGGCUCCAUUCAUCCCUUAUUGAGGUGCAGCUUUAGGGCUCCAUUCAUCCCUUAUUAAGGUGCAGCUCUAGGACUCCAUUCAUCCCUUAUUGAAGUACAGCUUUAGGGCUCCAUUCAUCUUUAGGGCUCCAUUCAUCCCUUACUGAGGUGCAACUUAGGGCUUCAUUCAGCUUUAGGGCUCCAUUCAUCCCUUAUUAAGGUGCUGCUUUAGGGCUCCAUUCAUCCCCUAUUGAAGUGACUCCAUUCAUCCCUUAUUGAGGUGCAGCUUUAGGGCUCCAUUCAUCCCCUAUUGAGGUGACUCCAUUCAUCCCCUAUUGAGGUGACUCCAUUCAUCCCCUAUUGAGGUGUAGCCUUAGGUCUCCAUUCAGCUUUAGGGCUCCAUUCAUCCCCUAUUGAGGUGGCUCCAUUCAUCCCUUAUUGGGGUGCAACUUAGGGCUCCAUUCAGCUCUAGGGCUCCAUUCAUCCCCUAUUGAGGUGGCUCCAUUCAUCCCUAUUGAGGUGCUGCCCUAUGGGGGGAAGCCCUUUUCUCACCUUGACCCUAUAAGUCUCAUCCUGACCCUAAAAUGCUCCCCAUAAAACCCCAUAAGAAACCCCAUAGAUUCAUGCCCCCCCCAUCUCUGCCCCAUCUCUGCCCCAUAGCUGUGUGUUGUGCAAUGUUGUGCAAUGGGGGCACUGACCCCAUAUGACGAAAUCCCAAAUCGCCCCGA